AUGGACCUGGUGUUAAAUAGGAUAUUUAUUGCACUUGGGACAUGGACAGAGACUUUUACAUGUGUAGGGCAAUUCCGUGCUACCGAACAUUUUAUGGGUGUCUAUCAAUGUCGGGUGGAACUAUUAACUGCAGAGAUUGCACGGAUAAGGUCCACUAUGGAAAAUUGGAUAAAAGAGCUGGAUAUUCCUUCCACCGUCUGGAAAGCCGAUGUGCGACGUGCCUGUGCAUGGAUGGUUUGGAAGUUAUCUGAACCAAAUCGCUCAACGAAAGCCGUAGCCAAGAUGUCAUGA